CCUUGUCCGCGAGCCAAUACCCAGCCAAGUGCAGCCAAGGAGCACAAGCGCCCGGAGAGCCCAGAGAGGGGCGCGGGGACCCCAUCCCCGGAGCCCGUCCCUCUGAAACGGGGAAGAAGAGUGGAGGGAGCCUGUGCGCGGUGGGGAGGAUAACUGCCGUCUCCAGACGAGCUCCGAGCGCGCGCGCCAUCGUCUUCAAUGCCUCUCUGAACAGCCUCUAGGAAGAGUGUGAGAGAAAGAGAGAGCGCGCUCCAGGGAGAGGAGAAAAGAAGAUGAGGAUUAUUUGUAGUCAGAUUGUCUUGUUGUUUUCUGGAUUUUGGGGACUCGCCAUGGGAGCCUUUCCGAGCAGCGUGCAAAUAGGUGGUCUCUUCAUCCGAAACACAGAUCAGGAAUACACUGCUUUUCGGUUAGCGAUUUUUCUUCACAACACCAGCCCCAAUGCGUCGGAAGCUCCUUUUAAUUUGGUACCUCAUGUGGACAACAUCGAGACAGCCAACAGUUUUGCUGUAACAAACGCCUUCUGUUCCCAGUACUCCAGAGGAGUAUUUGCCAUUUUUGGACUCUAUGAUAAGAGGUCAGUACACACUUUGACCUCGUUCUGCAGCGCCUUACACAUCUCCCUUAUCACACCAAGCUUCCCUACAGAGGGGGAGAGCCAAUUUGUGCUGCAGCUAAGGCCUUCAUUACGAGGAGCCCUCCUAAGUCUGCUGGACCACUAUGAAUGGAACUGUUUUGUCUUCCUGUACGACACGGACAGGGGCUACUCAAUACUUCAAGCUAUUAUGGAAAAAGCAGGACAAAAUGGUUGGCACGUCAGUGCUAUAUGUGUGGAAAAUUUUAAUGAUGUCAGCUACAGACAACUUUUAGAAGAACUUGACAGACGACAAGAAAAGAAAUUUGUAAUAGAUUGUGAGAUAGAGAGGCUUCAAAACAUUUUAGAACAGAUUGUCAGUGUUGGAAAACACGUUAAAGGCUACCAUUAUAUCAUUGCCAACUUGGGAUUCAAGGAUAUUUCUCUUGAGAGGUUUAUACAUGGAGGAGCGAAUGUUACAGGAUUCCAGUUGGUAGAUUUUAAUACACCUAUGGUAACCAAGCUAAUGGAUCGCUGGAAGAAACUAGAUCAGAGAGAGUAUCCAGGGUCUGAGACCCCCCCAAAGUACACCUCUGCCCUGACUUAUGAUGGUGUCCUGGUGAUGGCUGAAACUUUCCGAAGUCUCAGGAGGCAGAAAAUAGAUAUUUCAAGGAGAGGAAAUGCUGGGGAUUGUCUGGCAAACCCUGCUGCUCCAUGGGGCCAAGGCAUUGACAUGGAGAGGACACUCAAACAGGUUCGAAUUCAGGGACUAACUGGAAAUGUUCAAUUUGACCACUAUGGACGUAGAGUCAAUUACACAAUGGAUGUGUUUGAGCUAAAGAGCACUGGACCCAGAAAGGUUGGUUACUGGAAUGAUAUGGAUAAAUUAGUCUUGAUUCAAGAUGUACCCACCCUUGGCAAUGACACAGCUGCUAUUGAGAACAGAACAGUAGUUGUAACCACAAUUAUGGAAUCCCCAUACGUUAUGUACAAGAAAAAUCAUGAAAUGUUUGAAGGAAAUGACAAGUAUGAAGGAUACUGUGUAGAUUUGGCAUCUGAAAUUGCAAAACAUAUUGGUAUCAAGUACAAAAUUGCCAUUGUCCCUGAUGGAAAAUAUGGAGCGAGGGAUGCAGAUACAAAAAUCUGGAAUGGGAUGGUAGGAGAACUUGUUUACGGGAAAGCGGAGAUUGCUAUUGCACCUCUGACAAUCACUUUGGUUCGGGAAGAGGUCAUUGACUUCUCCAAGCCCUUCAUGAGCUUGGGCAUCUCUAUCAUGAUCAAGAAGCCUCAGAAGUCAAAGCCCGGAGUGUUCUCCUUCCUGGACCCUCUGGCCUAUGAGAUAUGGAUGUGCAUAGUCUUUGCCUACAUCGGGGUCAGUGUGGUCUUGUUCCUAGUGAGCAGGUUUAGCCCCUAUGAGUGGCACACAGAAGAGCCGGAGGAUGGAAAGGAAGGACCCAGUGACCAGCCUCCCAAUGAGUUUGGCAUCUUUAACAGCCUCUGGUUUUCCCUUGGUGCUUUUAUGCAACAAGGAUGUGACAUUUCACCAAGAUCCCUCUCAGGUCGAAUUGUUGGAGGUGUUUGGUGGUUCUUUACCCUCAUCAUUAUAUCAUCUUAUACUGCUAACUUGGCUGCUUUCCUGACGGUUGAGAGAAUGGUCUCCCCCAUAGAAAGCGCAGAAGACUUGGCCAAACAAACAGAAAUUGCGUAUGGAACACUGGAUUCAGGGUCAACAAAAGAAUUCUUUAGAAGAUCAAAAAUAGCAGUGUAUGAAAAGAUGUGGACCUACAUGCGAUCAGCAGAGCCAUCGGUGUUCACUAGGACCACAGCUGAGGGAGUAGCUCGUGUCCGCAAAUCCAAGGGCAAAUUUGCCUUUCUUCUGGAGUCCACUAUGAAUGAAUACAUUGAGCAGCGAAAGCCAUGUGACACGAUGAAAGUGGGAGGAAAUCUGGAUUCGAAAGGCUAUGGAGUAGCAACGCCCAAGGGUUCCUCAUUAAGAACUCCUGUAAACCUUGCCGUUUUGAAACUCAGUGAGGCAGGCGUCUUAGACAAGCUGAAAAACAAAUGGUGGUACGAUAAAGGUGAAUGUGGACCCAAGGACUCGGGAAGCAAGGACAAGACGAGUGCCUUGAGCCUGAGCAACGUAGCCGGCGUCUUCUACAUUCUAGUUGGCGGCUUGGGCUUGGCAAUGCUGGUGGCUUUGAUAGAGUUCUGUUACAAGUCCAGGGCAGAAGCGAAGAGAAUGAAGGUGGCAAAGAGUGCACAGACUUUUAACCCAACUUCCUCGCAGAAUACCCACAAUUUAGCAACCUAUAGAGAAGGUUACAACGUAUAUGGAACCGAAAGUAUUAAGAUUUAGGGCUGACCUUUUCUGAAGCCAUAAGAAACAAAGCCAGGUUAUCCAUCACUGGGAGUGUAGGAGAAAACGGCCGCGUCUUGACGCCCGACUGCCCAAAGGCUGUACACACUGGAACUGCAGUUAGACAGAGCUCGGGAUUGGCUGUCAUUGCGUCGGACCUACCAUAAAAACCAAAAAAAUAAUUGAGUGCCUUAACUAAACUGUGUUGGUGACUGAUGGAAAUGCAGCCCUGAGGGACACACCAAGUGCGGGUCUUUGCUAAACCAGUUCUUUGGCUGAGAGCGAGAAGUGAAUGCUAAUGCUCUGGACAUCAGCCGCAGAAACGUGUGCAUGAGCUCAGCUCGGAUACCCAAACUCAGAUUUUAUAUCAGGAAAACUCACAAUUUAGGUUUUUUGGGAAAUGGGUAGGGGAGCUGGGAUGGGUGUAUUAACAGCAACAAAUUUCACUUGAGUGAACUUAAAAACUAAUCAGACUUGCCAGUUAGCUCAUUAAACUGUGAAGUUCUUGCUCAGCAAGGCCUUCGUCUUCACCAAAAGGGAUAAAAUAGUUGUAGAAGUCAAUGAACAUGCUAACCUCUGUCUCCAGAACACCCAUAUAGCCAAUGGAAGAAUAUCCAGCUGAGAAAAUAAAUCACUAAACUGUGAUAAGAAAAUAAUAAACAUGUAAAUCCUGUGAAAAAAAAAUUUAAAGGAAGUAUUUACACUUACUUUGGAGAAAACAAAUACUGAAACAUGCUUGCUUUUUAACUGACAUAAAUUCAGUAGAGGACAACACAAUUCUUUUUUCUAACCAUCUUAGGGAACAAUACAUUGCAAUAAUUGAUAUAAAUGCCAUCACUGUAAUAAACUUUAGAGACUUUUUUCUACAAAAGUUGUUGGUCGUCUUCUCGUUUGCUGUAAACUUCACUCUGUCACAUGAGUUGGUUCACAGAUUGCAUUUGUCUCACACCAGAAACAAAAUCAAAAUGAAGAAAGUGUUGACGUUAAAUCAUCACUCUGCGAUGUGGAAUCAGAAGAGACUACGGGUCAUUCAUAUUAUCAAUAUUAUUUAUAAUCUUGUUCUGUGUACAAAAUUGUGGUUUUUGUACCCACUGAAAAGAAUAAAACAACAGAUGUUCUUACAAUAUCUACAGAGCUUAAAGGUUUUUUUUUUUCUUACAAUUAAAGUUAUUUGAGAAACUGUGAGAGUAUACAAGGGAUUAUAGAAGUCAAGUGGUGGACCUUUCUGGAAAAUGUAGCUAGUCCUUAUUAUUUUUGCAUACUAAGCUACUCCUGUUUUAUAGAUUUUUCACUUGUUAGGAGGUUAAAUUGUGGAAGAUGGAGUUUUUGAGUACUGGAAUGAAUCACUGUCUGGAUAGUAACAUGCCCUGUCACUGUGUGUUGAAAUUUCACUUGACUGUAUUUUGCUGCAUAAAGUCAUGUGUCCAACGAGCUUCUCCCCUCAUUCUCAUUGUCCCAAUUAAAUCCUCUGAAGGCACUAAGAAUAGUUUGGAGUAGACCACAGAUGAAGGAUUAGCUCUUAUGUGAAGAAAAAUUUAUUUUGUUUUAUUUAUAUAAAAAUUAUAUUGUUAUGUUGGAUUAAAUUAACAUGGUUGCAAAGAAGGUUUUAGUUCAUUAGAUGUAAAUAAGUACUCUACUAUAAAUAAAAAUCACAUCCUUAGGAAUCUUGGCAGAAAGCACAAGUUAGGAUGAUUCCAAAAGACUGACCUUGUGGGAUGAGUUUUCAUAGGAGAAAGGUUAAGAGGCCAAUAUCUGAGCAACGCGUAUUCAGUCCCCUGAGCAUUCACAGCUUGUUUGAAGAAUGUACACAUUAACCUGGCUGAUGAGAGUACAGGUGUAGGAUCAUGGAAGACAAGCAGGAAAAGGUGAACAAUUAAUUUCCUCUCCUUAACCCAUCUCUCAUUUCAUCUCUGUGCUGCAGUAGAACAUUCUUAAAAAUUUAUGUCAGAUAAUAUACACACACGCACUGUUCCCUCAGGAAAAAUUCCAGGUUCUCGAGAAGAGCAAAUGAUUCUCUUCCUGGCAAUGUCCCUGUUUAUUCCUUUAUGAAUUUCUCUUACUCCUACCCAACUCCUCCUAUCAGCAAACAAACCUCCAAAGCAGCACUUGGGACACCGCAUAUUAUUUCCUCAGCCUGUAACAAUUCUUUGUCUUCUCUUUACCUAACUAACUUAUACUCACCCUUCAGUAUUCGAACUUUACUAGCCCUGGGAGGAUUUAUAAGUACACGCUACCCCUUGCCUAAGAGACUGAGUUAGGUGCCAUUCUUUAAUGUUCUUCCCCAUCACGGCACUCACCAUUCUGCAUUGUAAUUGCCUGUGUACUUGUCUGUAAAACUACUAGACUGUAAGCUCCUUGAGGGCAGGGACUGUGUCUAUCUUGUUCACAGUUGUAUCCCCCAGCACCCAGCACAGUGCCUGGCAUAUUGUAGGUGCUUAAUAAAUAUUUGUUGAUGAAAAAAA